AUGAAGGUGAUCCUGCUCCAAGGGCUGCUGCUCCUCCUCCCCUUCGCAGCCCUGCUGCUUUACUGGUAUAGUGCCACUGUCCAGUACUUCUGCAAGGUGGCCUUCUUUAACUGCUGGAUUGUGGCCAUGGCAACACUCCUCUCCCCCUAUGCUGCUCUUCGGGGUCGCACUGUGGAGAACAUGAAGAUCUUGCGUGCUGCUAUCCUGCCCCUCAAACACUUCUUUGGCAUCAAGAUGCAGGUGUGGGGAUAUGAGCAUCUAAACAUCAAGGAGCCCUACGUGAUGGUUUGCAACCACCAAGCUUCCCUCGACCUCAUGGGCAUGGUGGAGAUCAUGCCUGACCACUGUGUGCCCAUUGCCAAGAAGGAGCUCAUGUACAUGGGAACUGUGGGGUGGGCCUGCUGGCUCAGCGGCAUUAUCUUCAUUGAUCGCCAGAAAACAGGAGAUGCUAUCGAUGUCAUCGCUCAGACUGCCAGGACCAUGCGACGUGAAAAUCUCCGGGUGUGGAUUUUCCCUGAAGGCACGAGGAACCGGGACAAAUCCAUGCUGCCCUUCAAGCGUGGAGCUUUCCACUUGGCCGUGCAGGCUCAGGUUCCCAUUAUACCCAUCGUGAUCUCCCCAUACUGGAACUUUUACAGCUCUAAGGAUAAGAAAUUCAUCCCUGGGACGUGCACCAUCCAAAUCCUCCCAAGGAUAGAAACCCAGGGUCUGAGCCCAAAGAAUGUCCCUGAUCUGACAGAGACCGUCCGCAAGGCCAUGGUUGAUGUCUUCUCUGAGAUGUCUGCAAAUGAUUGUGGGAACCAGCGCUCUGAGCAGCCUCCCCUCCCAUGCAGUGCUGGGGCCAACGCUGUCAAGGAGACAGGCAGCCCACAGCACAUGUCCACCGGGCCUGCAACCACCUUGGGAGCCUGCAAGUGCAAGAUGUUGUCCUAUGGCCUGGACCCCAUGGUGAGCAGGGCCCUCCGGUGCCUGGAGGCAUCCUCCAGCACAGGAGACCUCUGCACACUGGUGCAGCUGGCCUACAUCUCUGAGCUUGCAAGAACCACGGAGUGGAUAACCUUCUGCAGACCCUGGCCCAGGACGGUGCCAGCAACACCCCUGAAAUGA